AUGCUGAAGGCCACUUCGUAUACAACUAGGCAAUUGGAGAACGAACACUACUCGGGCGAGAAGCAACCACAGCAGCUCGACGAUGUACUGUACCUAGCCUCAGCUACCAAACUGAUUACAACCAUCGCCGCCCUACAGUGCGUUGAAGACGGCCUGUUAACUCUAGACGGCGACCUGUCAUCCAUCACCCCAGAGCUCGCUACAAGGCACGUUCUCACAGGGUUUGCGGAAGAUGGAAGCCCUCAGCUCGACUCACCAGCCCGCCCCAUCACCCUCAAAAUGUUGCUUACACACAGCUCCGGCAUCUCCUACUACUUCCUGAACCCGAUGAUCGCCAAGUGGCACACGCACUUCCAACCCGGUGCUGGCUGGAUGUAUGGGCCCGGUCUUGACUGGGCUGGCCGCGGUGACUUUGGUGGUCAUGGAUUGUUCAUAUCCGGCUUGGAUUUUGUUAAGAUUCUGCGCUCGCUGCUGGCUAAUGAUGGCAAGUUGCUCAAUGCUAAUACCGUCGACAAUAUGUUCCAGCAACACCUUGGCCCUGAAGAAGCGGCAGACCACCAAGCUGCCCUUGCUGGUCCCAUUGGGCCCUUUUUCCGCGUUGGUAUAGAUCCGGAAUUGAAGGUUGGCUAUGGUCUGGGCGGUUUGCUGACACUUGAAGAUGUUGAUGGCUGGUAUGGCGAGCGGACGUUGACUUGGGGUGGUGGCUUGACGCUCACCUGGUUUAUUGAUCGAAAGAACAACCUUUCUGGCGUCUGUGCCAUCCAGGCUGUGCUGCCAGUUGACGGAGAUUUGGUGGCCGAGCUAAAGCAAACCUUCCGCCAUGAUAUUUAUCACAAAUAA